AUGGCAAUUGACGCAAUGGAAAUCGACAACCUGCCGGUGCGCACAGCGGACGCCGAGCGCAAACGCAAAUCCAAAAAGGACGCAUCCUCAUCCGCAUCACCAUCUAAAAAGCGAAAGCAAGCCCCAUCUUCAAAAACUCCACAAAUCAAAGACUCAAUCCCCGACAACCCUCUACCUGCCCCUGUCGCCCAUCUCCAUCUCGCCAACGCACGCGCUGGCCUCGCUGCUGGCCGAGCAUCUCUCGCCACUGCUUCUGACCUACUUCCCCCGCUGAAGGGUGUCGUCUUGGCUUACUCCAAUGCCUCGAUCUCCAGCAAGCCGCCGGCUCAUCCUCGCGCUUCCUCGGAUUUGAACCCGCAGCCGCUUACACUCGCCAAAACAGCGGACGAGUACGGUGUCUUGUACGUCUACCUGACCGCUACGUUCUUGAUGUUCCGGCCGCAGCGCGGACAGGCCCUUGACGGAUGGGUGAAUGUGCAGUCGGAGGGAUUCCUCGGUGCUGUAGUGUUCAAUCUGUUCUCUGUUGGUAUUGAGCGCAAGCGUCUGCCUUCGAACUGGAAAUGGGUUCCGCCCGGUGAGGAGGGUGAGACACCGGCUUUGACCGAUGACGACUCAGGCUCUGAUAAGGAUAUGGCGGAUUUCGAUGCCGAGAAGGAAUGUUUCAAGCCUGCUUCGCUUUCUGCGGAGGAGAUCGCCAUUAACGGUGAGGAGGAGGAUGAGUCUGCUCACACCGGUUACUUCCAGUCUGUUUCUGGGCACCGCGUGAGUGGCUCUGUGCGCUUCCGUGUUGUUGAUGUGGAUGUUAUUCCCGGUUCUGAGCGGGAUCGCGGGUUCCUCAGUAUUGAGGGAACUAUGCUUUCUGCUGAGGAGGAGGAGAGGCUCUCUGCAUCUGAGCGCCAGGGACAGUCUUUGCCUCCUUCUUUCUUCCCUGCGUCUCAGAAGGUCUCUGGGUCUAUCCCCGUGAUGAACGUCCCGGCGGCGUCGGCGGUGCAGGAGCUCUCGACUGUGGAUGUGCAUCCUGAUGCCAGCCCCAAGAAGGAGAAGAAGGAGAAAAAGGAAAAGAAAGAGAAGAAGGAGAAGACCGAGAAGAAAGAAAAGAAGUCCAAGUCUUCCAAGUCGAAGAGCAAGGACGAAUAA